GGAACCGAACGAGUGAAAAAGGCUAAAAGGAAGAAGGUCCCUGGCGAACCCAUCUCCUUGGCCAUGUCGUCGCUCUCGUGAUCAGCUCGAAGGUGUGCUCCUCAUUCCUCUCGUUGUAUGUGAAUUAUACAGUGUGCCUCCGGCGCCCUAUUCCUCCCCCUUCCCCCCUACUCCUCCCUCCCGUCGUCGCCACGCGCGUAUAUCCGCUCGGUUGUGUUGUGUCUGUGUGGCACGUAUGCGUGGGGUUCGCACGACCGGUAGAUAAAUGUCUCUCAGCCAUGCCCGCUGUGCGGAAGUACCGAAGGGAUACCAGCGAGGUGAGCUGCUGCCUCAAGUAUGUGAUCUUUGGAUUUAACGUCAUGUUCUGGUGGCUGGGUCUAGGCAUCAUGGCGGUGGGCGUCUGGGCAUGGACCGAAAAGGACACCUUCAACAACCUGUCCCGCCUCACAAACAUCGCGCUCGAUCCAGCAUUUAUCCUCAUUCUAGUCGGUACAGUGACAUUUAUCAUCGGUUUCACGGGAUGCGUCGGCGCGCUACGAGAGAACACAUGCCUCCUCGCCGCGUACGCAAUAUUUCUGGCUCUACUGCUGCUGAUGGAAAUGACUGCCGGUGUCCUGGGAUUCAUCUUCAAAGACUGGAUAAAGUCACAAGCUACGGGGGGCUUCCAAGCGUUCAUCAUCCAUUACAGAGAGGAUCCUGAUCAGCAGAAUCUCAUCGACUGGAUUCAAGAAGAUUGGUUGCAAUGUUGCGGCAUCGAAGGCCCGAAGGAUUGGGACCGCAACAAUUAUUUCAAUUGUUCGUCGAGCGAUAUCGGCUCGAGGGAAGCGUGCGGCGUGCCUUUUAGCUGUUGCAAGCGAAAACCUAAUGAAAUCAUUAAAAAUAAACAAUGCGGCUACGAUGUUAGAAAGCCUAGUUACACGGGAGAGAGGAGUAUAUUCGAGCGGGGUUGCCUAAGAGCGGGUGAGGAGUGGCUAGAAUUGAACCUCGUACCCGUCGCUGGUGCCGUGGUCAGCACCAUGGUUCUGCAGAACUAUGAGGUCGCCAAAGUGAUUUACGAAAAAGGUUGCAUACAGGCCGGCGAGGAGUGGAUGGAACGAAAUCUCCUCGCGAUUGCCAGCGGUGCAGUUGGUACAGCAUUCGCUCAGAUUCUGGGGAUCUGCUUCGCGCAGAACUUGCGCGCGGAUAUAUUCGCGCAAAAGGCGAAGUGGCAUUGACAAUCGCGUGCCCCCACGGCAGUCUAGCAUCUUGUCUUUAUAGAUGCUAACCGGCUACGUUGAUCGAAUUACAAGGUCUCGACGCGGAUUCGGAGCUACGGCGAGCGGACCAAUUGGAUCUUCCUUGAACGAGAAGAAAGGACGGAGGUCUUGGAAGAAUUUUCACGACUCGAUCGAGGCAACAUCGCACGACUGGAUGCCGAGGCGUUAUCUUCCGAUCCUCCGAUAACGCUACGUUUGCACCGUUCAAAUCUUCCGUACUUGUAAAUAUCCGAGAAACUUCGCAAUUACAACGAUCUACUCCUCCGGUACCGUCCAAUCGAUUAACGCCUGAUAUGUCAGACAAUGAGAGAAAUUGAUUCCCCUCGAAAUUUAUUCCUAUCCGUCGCGCAUCAAUUAAUGUUGCUCUUAUUCGAAAUUCAUAAAUCAAUUUCUUAUCGUAAAUAAUAAUCUUCAAAGGUAAUUAUAAUGACAAAGCAUAAUAAAAAUGAAUCUUUUCUUUUAAUAUAAUUCAAUCGUAGGAAAUAAAAUUUUAUAUUUUAUUAAUUUCGCAUUUAGUCUGGUGAUAUAUUUCAUCCAAAUUGGAUUUAAAAUAAUAACCUUCAAAAUUUUAAAUUUAA